UCUAGUGAAUAUUGAUCGACUCGCCUAACUCUUGAUUUGCUCUCCGUGUUUUUCCUUUGCCCUCCCAGCAGCCAUUUGCGACCGGGUUCAACUAGCUCUUGUCGUGUGUCGUCCUUCAACCUCCCAACACCCAUCCCGUCUCUUUGUUUUGUUCCAUAUAAAUCAUGAUGUUUCGCUCUAGGAAGCGAACAGUGUAGAAAAUCCCCGUCCACCGGAUUGAUCAUGUUCCGAGUGUUACGUUCACUGCUCAUGACGCGCCGGUUUGGCGAGAAUAUAACGAUGAAGAGCACUGAUGUGCCUUUCUUUGUUAUCGUCGCCAUUACAGUAAUAGGCCUAUGUCUGAUGCCAUUUCUAGCGAGUACGAUCGCCAACGUGAGUUGGAAACUCAACUGGCAUUUUGGACUCAUCGAAAAGGACGGCCAUUUCAAAUUUCAGCGCUGGCAUUUUCCUAAAGAUUUUCAAUUCGAGGCUGACGCGUCUAUCGAAAAGAUCAUCAACUACUUCCAAUGGUCGAACAGUUCAUCCUGUGAAUUGGCCCGAGACUUUGGUGGCACACUGUCCGUCAGAACACUGUACAACGAACUGGAAGGACGAACGUCCGUUUGCUUCAACCCAAAGGAAAUCGCUCCUUCCUUGAGCGGAUGCCUCGUCUAUGCGUUCAACGUCAACGACGAAUGGUCUUUCGAGAAGGCCAUGGCGGCCUACGGUUGCCAAGUCUUUGUCUUCAAUCCUAGAACGCAUGAUGACGUUAGCGACCGCAAUCGUAGGCUGAAUAUCCGUUUCUUCCCCUUCAAAUUGGGCAGCAAAUCCUUUGAUAGCUGGGCCGGUGAGACGCAGAGAUCCACCAAAACGCUGGGCGACAUUUAUGAGAAGCUGUCGAUAUGGCACGGCGAAGAGUCCAUCAUCGAUUACCUGAAACUCGACAUCGAAUGGGGCGAAUGGCACAUCCUACCCCAAAUCAUCGAGUCGGGCAUGAUGGACAAGGUGCGCCAGCUGGCCGUGGAAAUCCAUCUUCCGUACAGGGCGCCGUUUUUUGAACGUGGCCAAAGUUUAGCUCAGUUCAGGCGUUUGGCCAAUAUUGUUCGAGCUGUCGAGAAUUGCGGAAUGGUGCGCUUUAAUUCAAAGGCUGACCUGUCCUUCCAGGGAACAAUCCCGGCCCUGAAUUUCAGCGGCCCGUUGGCUUAUGAAAUCACUUGGUACAACAGCCGUUUCCUUUAACUUGUGUAUACCGGUUAUCUUUUAACACAUCUAACUUGACAAGCCCCGGAAUGAAAACUAUUUUUUUAAAAUGUCACCCUCCAAGAUUUUCUAUGUAGUGGCCUACGCUAAUUUUCUAUACGUAUACAUUUGCCUUUAAUGCAAAAUUGUCACGAAUCGUUAAACUCGGGCCGGGUGUCUUUCAUAAAAAUUUCCCAAUACAAGUUAAACAGUUA